CAAGAUGAUGAAGACAAGUUUGAUGAAGAAUCGUCAAAAGAAACAAGUGAAAACGUUUCAACCAAAUCCAGUAACAAUGAAAAGGUAUCUCAGAGUCAGAAGAAGAAAGAUGAUGAAGGGGAUGAAGAAAAAAACGAAAUAACUGGUUCAACGCCAACAAAUGAUGAUCCUGACAAGUUAACCAGUCCGGACAGUGGCGCAAUACACGUAUCGAAUACCAAAUUACCAAAAGAAGGCGAUUUAAUCAAAUUAAUUAAAAGUAAUAACGUACCUCAGCGUGGUGAUCAAAAGAUGAAGAAAAAUGAAGACACAUAUGAUACAGAAAUAAACAAACCAAUCAAGCGGCGACAGAAUUAUGGCCGACGAUCAGAACCAAACCAAAAGAAACAACCUAAAAAUCCGAAUCCCAAAUACGUCUUGGUUUCUUCAUCAGACGACGAAGAGUUCCGUCCGUCCGUUCAUCGGGGUAAGAAGCGACAGACCGGAAAACGAACAAAGCGACAGACCGGCAACAGCAAUUCUGAUUCGGACCGCAACAAAAAAUCCAAACAUGAUGAAAGUGAUCAAAGUGAGCUGUCCGUCCGUCCAUCUGAAGAAAGUGAUUUCGACGAUGCAAAAAGCAACGCUUCUGACAAUAGCAAGAAUGACGCUUCUGACAAUAGCAACGACGAUCUAUGUGAUGAAGAUUUGACGGAUGCGACAAAUAAGAAGAACUCAAGCGAAGUCAUCCUUAACAACAUUAUUGAAAACAACAAUCAGCUGUCCGUCCGUCUAUCUAAAGAAAGUGAUGUCAACGAUGUCAACGCAUCUGACAAUAGCAAGAAUGAAAACAACGACGACCCAUUUGAUGAAAAUUCGACGGAUGCGACAAAUAAGAAGAACUCAAGCGUAAUCAUCAUUAACGAAAGUAUUGAAAACAACGACGAGCUGUCCGUCCGUCGAUCUAAAGUAAGUGAUGUCAACGCUUCUGACAAUAGCAAGAAUGAAAACAACGACGACCCAUUUGAUGAAAAUUUGACGGAUGCGACAAAUAAGAAGAACUCAAGCGUAGUCACCAUUAACGAAAGUAUUGAAAACAACGACGAGCUGUCCGUCCAUCCAUCUAAAGAAAGUGAUGUCAACGAUGCAAAAAGCAAUGAAAAAAACGUCAACAAGCGCAAGAUGGACGAUUUAUCCGUCAAUGAAUUGAAACGCAUUAAGGUCCAUCAGGGCGAUUCUGAUAACAACAAAAGAAAAGAUCAUUCAUCGUUGUCAGAUGUCGAUACGUCCGCCCGUCCAUCCGGCAAAACUUUGGCUAAGAAAGUGCCAAAGAAAACAGCUAAAAAGCGUGGUGCGACGAAUGAUGUUGUUGAUGGUGAUGGGCGCCAACCAAAAAAACGCAAGAAGCAAAAGGACUCACAACAAGCUUCCGAUGCAACUAAAGAACGUGGAAAUAAUGAAACGUUACCGAAUAAUGAUGAUGUUGAUGCGGGUUCAUCUGUUCAGAAAGCUCCAGUCUCUCGUCGUCUACUUAGAAGCAAAAAAGAAUUUUAA